AUGAUUCAGAUGAUAGAGCAUCGUGAGUGCAUCUCUGUUCAUGUGGGCCAAGCUGGUGUCCAGAUUGGCAAUGCAUGCUGGGAGCUAUACUGCCUGGAACAUGGGAUCCAACCAGAUGGUCAAAUGCCCAGUGAUAAAACCAUUGGUGGAGGAGAUGACUCAUUCAACACCUUCUUCAGCGAGACUGGGGCAGGCAAACAUGUCCCAAGAGCCACAUUUGUUGAUCUGGAGCCCACUGUGGUUGACGAAGUUCGCACUGGGACAUAUAGGCAGCUGUUUCACCCCGAGCAGCUGAUCACAGGGAAGGAAGAUGCUGCUAACAAUUAUGCUCGUGGCCAUUACACAAUAGGCAAGGAAAUUGUAGACCUGGUUUUGGAUCGAAUUCGCAAAUUAGCUGAUCAAUGUACAGGGCUCCAAGGCUUCCUUAUAUUCCACAGUUUUGGUGGUGGUACUGGAUCUGGAUUUACUUCCCUUCUGAUGGAGAGACUCUCUGUUGAUUAUUGCAAAAAGUCUAAGUUAGAGUUUGCAAUUUAUCCCGCUCCUCAGGUAUCAACUGCUGUUGUGGAGCCAUAUAAUUCCAUUUUGACUACACACACUACUUUGGAACAUUCGGAUUGUGCAUUUAUGGUGGAUAAUGAAGCAAUUUAUGACAUUUGCCGCCGCAAUUUGGAUAUUGAGCGCCCAACAUACACUAAUUUAAAUCGCUUAAUUGCACAGAUAGUUUCCUCCAUUACUGCUUCCCUCAGAUUUGAUGGCGCUCUUAAUGUGGAUUUGACAGAAUUCCAAACAAAUCUUGUCCCAUAUCCACGUAUCCAUUUCCCACUGGUGACAUAUGCCCCAGUAAUCUCAGCUGAAAAAGCAUUCCACGAGCAUCUGUCUGUAGCAGAAAUCACAAAUGCAUGCUUUGAGCCUGCAAACCAGAUGGUUAAGUGCGACCCUCGUCAUGGCAAAUACAUGGCCUGCUGCAUGUUAUAUCGAGGGGAUGUUGUUCCCAAAGAUGUCAAUGCUGCUAUUGCUAGCAUAAAAACUAAGCGCACAAUACAGUUUGUAGACUGGUGCCCAACAGGAUUCAAGGUGGGUAUUAAUUAUCAACCUCCAACUGCAGUCCCAGGUGGCGACUUGGCUAAAGUACAGCGCGCUGUGUGUAUGUUGAGCAACACAACUGCAAUUGCAGAAGCCUGGGCCCGUCUAGACCACAAAUUUGAUCUGAUGUAUGCUAAGCGUGCUUUUGUGCACUGGUAUGUAGGAGAAGGAAUGGAAGAAGGCGAGUUCUCAGAAGCACGUGAAGAUUUGGCAGCAUUGGAAAAAGAUUAUGAGGAAGUUGGAAUAGAUACAAUAGAAGGAGAAGAUGAAGAUAGGGCAGAAUAUUAA